AUGGCGUGCAACACUGCAAGCAGUGGCGUUGGGCCUGCAGGUCCCUCAGAGCCUUCCCUAGACCACCAGCAGCCUUCAACAUCGACGACCUUGACGGCCACUGGAGCACUACUACCACGGACUGCCACCGAAGGAUCUGCCUCCAAGUCGAGAUACCGCCCGCGAGCCUUGUUCAAGUACGCGCUAGAGGAACGCGAAGACAUCGAACGGCGUAAGAGCUUCAUUGCAAAGAGGGCCCGCGCCAGGUGCGCGGUGGCUUCUGUGCCUCCAAGCAAUGGAGCCUGUCUCAUCCUUGCCUUGCCAGUCGAGGUCCUUCGUCAGAUUUGCAGCUACGUAUUUGAUGGCGCGUGGAUCGAGGUCAAGAUGAUACCCGUGGCUAGUCGCUUUGCAACAGGGCACAGCAAGCGCACAGAACUCGUCGUGCAGCCUCGACGAGGGUUACACACCAGGAUGAGCGUCAUGAUGACUUGUAAGGCAUUGUAUGAUGAGCUUCAACCAUAUCUGGCCGAGUCGAUGCAUCUCAAAUACAGCGUCUCCAACUCAUAUGAGCACAACCUCAUUCCGGAACGCAUCACCGCCAUGUAUAUGCCGUUCAUUCAGAGCGUCGAGCUUCACGAGUUUCAGCCAACAUUUGAUCCGGCACACUUUCCUCAGCUCAAACAGCUUCAUUGGACCGGCAUUUCCACCAUGAUCGCACGCCGUCCGCACAUUAUGCUCGAAGAAGACGAUGACAGUCCAGAUCCAAUUGCAAGUUUUUUGCCGCAUCUGAGAGGUGAUUUUGAUGGGCAACAUGUGAGCCGCUGGAUCCAGGAUUGGCUACACUAUGGUUGCUCGGAGUCAUCGGGCUCGCAAUCCGCUCUCGUAAAGUUCUGGCGCAGACUCAGGCGAGACAGCCAUCGCAAGUUCAUGCUCACAGCCGACUUGUUCAUGGAAUUCCGGUUGCGCGUCAAUGGGACUGGGCGAAACGAUGCAGCUCUCAAGUCUAUGAAUAUCAACCUGCAGCUGUGCUUCAAUCUGGACACGGAGGAGAUCAUCUCUCGCUGGCUAGACGAGGUUGAUUUUCAGAGCUCCUUUGACCUUGAAGUUUGGGCGCCGGGAUGCUAUCCAGAAUCGGGCAUCAACGACGACCUGGGAGCUUAUCUCAUAGCACGCUUCCAACCAUUGCAACGCAUCAACAACGUGGAGCAUGAUUCUUGGGAGACAGAUUGA